AAGCGAGUCGGAGAGACAAACAAAGAAGAAGAUAAGCGAGGGGAGACAGAGACGGAGCCGAACCCGUGGGGUUCUUUCGAGACGGCACAACGCAGACCUGAAGCGCGCACCUAAACGGCAAGGCAGCAGCAGGCACCGAGCGGCGUUGCCCUGUUUUAGGACGCUGAGAAAAAGAUGACUGUGGUGCCUGGGGAGAACCUUGACGAGACCGUGGCCUUGGCCGCCCUCUGUCACGACGCUUAUGAGCCCGAGAGGGCGGACCAGGAGUGCUGCGAGCGGGUGGUCAUCAACGUGUCAGGCCUGCGCUUCGAAACGCAGCUCAAGACGCUCGCCCAGUUCCCAAGAACUCUGCUCGGCGACCCAAGAAAGCGGAUGCGCUUCUUCGACCCGCUCAGGAAUGAAUACUUCUUCGACCGCAACCGGCCGAGCUUUGAUGCCAUCCUCUACUUCUACCAGUCGGGCGGGAGACUUCGGAGACCUGUCAACGUGCCCGUGGACAUCUUCAUAGAGGAGAUCAAGUUUUACGAGCUCGGCGAAGAGGUGAUUGAGAAUUUCAAAGAGGACGAGGGUUUCAUUAAAGAGGAGGAGCGCCCGUUACCGGAGAACGAGUUCCAGCGACAAGUGUGGCUGUUGUUUGAAUAUCCAGAGAGUUCAGGACCGGCCAGAGGGAUCGCGAUCGUCUCCGUGCUCGUGAUUUUGAUCUCCAUCGUCAUCUUUUGCCUGGAGACGUUGCCAGAGUUCAGGGAAGACGCCAAGUCGUACGACGUGCAACUCCCGCUAAAUGGCACGGUGAAUGUGAAGAAGCCGAAUCCGUUCACGGACCCAUUUUUCAUCGUGGAGACGCUGUGUAUCAUUUGGUUCUCCUUCGAGCUGGUUGUGCGCUUUUUGGCGUGCCCAAGCAAGGCAGCGUUUUUCAAAAACAUAAUGAACACUAUCGACGUGGUGGCAAUCAUGCCGUACUUCAUCACACUCGGACUUGAGCUUGCCGAGCACCAAGGCAACGGGCAGCAAGCAAUGUCAUUGGCCAUCCUGCGUGUUAUCCGGCUCGUGCGCGUGUUCCGCAUCUUUAAGCUCUCGCGCCACUCCAAAGGCCUUCAGAUCUUGGGCAAGACGCUGCAGGCGAGCAUGCGCGAGCUCGGUCUUUUGAUCUUCUUCCUCUUCAUUGGUGUCAUCCUCUUUUCCAGCGCAGUUUACUUCGCCGAGACGGACGACCCCGAGUCAGGCUUCAGCAGCAUCCCGGACGCCUUCUGGUGGGCCGUGGUCUCCAUGACCACCGUGGGUUAUGGAGAUAUGUGCCCCGUGACCAUUGGAGGCAAGAUCGUGGGCUCGCUGUGCGCCAUCGCUGGUGUGCUCACCAUUGCGCUGCCUGUACCCGUGAUCGUGUCCAACUUUAACUACUUCUACCACCGGGAGACAGAGCACGAGGAGCAGCUUCAGUACACGCAUGUGACGUGUGGUCAGCAGCCCCAGCAGCCGCAGCCUGGCUACGGUGAUUUCGGCAGGAGCGAGAGCAAGCCUUCCCUCUCCAAAUCGGACUAUUUGGACUCGGAAGACGCGGACUCAAUCAAGUACACAAACUGCAGUCCUCCCCAUAAAGCCUACACGGGGAAACUAACAGACGUAUGAGUGUAAAACACAAACACGAAAGGUGACCCGCAAACACACAGGCGCAUUUCUGUGAGCACAAGUCCUCAUCCUGAGCUCCAGCUUGAUUAGAUCUGGUUAUCGGGCUCUGAUUAACAAGCAUCCUGCGCGCUAAACAGAGUCAUUUUCAGUUCAAAACUCAUUAGCAGCGGAUUAAUAAGACGAGGAUGCGAAAACAGGACGGUUCGGGUCUUUCUUUCUUUCUUUCUUUCCUCAUAUUUAAAAAAAACCUGUCUUCCAUGUUUGCGAUCAUCGACAUUAAAAAGAAAAUGACUGCAUCUCUAGCCUCAAAAUAUAGCCUAAUAAUAUAAGAAAACAACUAGGCUAAAUAACCAAGGCCAACCUCGCGGAAUAGCACUUUACUUAUGUACUCUUAGUAAUAAAUAAUUUAUUAGGCUAUCAGCUUCGGUGGUAUCUGUGGGUUAAAAGUUUACAUAUGAUUUACAUAUUCGGAACAAAGCGAAAAGGACCAAUAUAUCUAAAUCAAUUAAAAAAA